CCCAUCGGAGAAUCAUCCAUUACAAGUGGCGAUCCCUCGCCCACGAGGCCUGGCCUAAAAAUCAUUGCUCCAUUACUCUGUGUAAUAACUGCGGCGAUUCUUUCGAAUUGGACAGGGACCUGCGCGAGGUCGACUACACCGAGAUCUUACGCUGUAUACGAACAGGACAUUAUCCGUUUGGACAGGAAUCUACUGAACCAUACACCAAAUUGAUGGAUGCAACCCGGGACUAUGUUGAGCGGUGUGAUUCGGUGCUUGGACGGUUAGAUGCGAUGCGGAUAGCCGUAGAAGAACAGCGCGAUCAUCUUCUGCUGCUCAGCCGAACCGUCGAUAGCAUAAUCUCACCCAUCUAUAAACUUCCCUUGGAGAUCCUCGGCGAAAUCUUCACCAAUAUAUGUUGUGGCGAUAUAGGUGUCAACGGCUUGUCAGGGGAAGGCAAAAGGCGAUACCCCACAUUGGACCUCAGUCGGGUGUGUAGUAAAUGGCGUAACAUGGUCAUUUCUAUGCCAGUGCUGUGGACCUCCCUUGGAAUCGAUAGGUAUUGUUCAUUAACUGCUGCUUAUUCGUUUUUCAAACGUUUCCUUGGACGUUCUUCCUUUCACCCCGUCGACUUCACAAUCAAUUACGAGGAUGCAUAUCCAUAUCAAUAUCCGCAUGAAGCCCCCAUAUUUCCUCUACUUGAGAGUAACUGUGGGCGAUGGAGGCAUGUUUGCGUUCGCGCUUCCUCAACUCUCAUAGAGGCACUUAUGCAGCCAGUAAUCAAUAGCGGCAAAGAAUUGUCUCGAUUAGAAUCUCUUUCCCUUGACCCACGAUUUGAUGAUGAAGGCUUGCUUGAUUUCCCAGUGGACUGUCCCAACCUUCGAGCGCUGAAACUUGUUGGGCCCAGUUUGGAUCUAAAAUUCCCUCGACCCACAAUCACUUCUCUCAAGCUCGCAGAAAUGUCUCCCAGUGAGAUGGCAAGAGUCGUCGCCAACUGUCCAAAUGCUCAGGCUCUCAAAAUAAAACAACUAACAUCCCUUGAUACGAGUCUCUCGCCUGUCUAUACCAAAUGCAACGCAAAAACGCUCAUUCUCAAUGUUGGUUAUUCCCGGGCUGGGGUUGCCCCAGAUUCGAUGAUGAAAUUCGUAGAUCUUCUUAUUCUCCCCGAACUGAAUCAUAUCAUACUAUCAGAUCCACGGGGUGCUCUAGAAUCACGUCAUGUCAAGUCUCUUUGCAAUAAUAUGAUUGAACACGGUUACCCACACUUGACCCACCUUACUCUCGACCGUACCUUCCUCACUGCGGAACAGCUGUUGCAACUUUUCCUCUCUAUGUCUUCGAUCACAUACUUAAAAACUUGGAAAACUGCUGUUAAUUUGGCCUUGAAGCUCUUGAUCGCUCCUGGAUAUCGUGAUCAACCAGGACAGCACAUAGGCAAUAAUGAAGGGAGAAAAGAGAGGGAAAAUGUGUUUGAAGGUUAUAACUCGAAUGACGACGAAUCGGAAGACGGCGUAGACGCCAUCGAGGUGCCUGAAGGAAAGUGCUUGCUCCCUAAAUUGCAGAAUCUUGAACUCGUGCUUCCAUAUCGUCUUCGCGGUAACUUGCUACUUGCAUUCCUGCGUUCAAGAUGGAAACCUUUGCCGCAGAUGGAAGUAUCCUCACCAACUCUCACUGAAGAUCCUCAGGGUCUAAGUGAUAUUGACCAGAAAACCUGCGUCAGCCUACAAAAGCUUUGCUUACGAUACACAUAUCUCGACGAGGAGCGUGAUCUUGAAAAGCUACAGAUACUGCAGCGAAGCCUAGACCCAUUCCGAAGCGAGGGGAUGGAUAUAGAGGUUCUUAGUGAAAUUAGAUAGAAUCGUUGUAUGAGCAAUAUGUAUUCAAGAGCUACGGAAGAUUUUGCGAAUGUUUAAGCAGGAUGGAACGGACAUAGAUGUUCGUAGAAUGUCCUUAGAGAGAUACUUUUAUUCACGAAAAUUAAAAAAA